GGUGUUUAUUAGAGGCGAAUAUAAUACUUCCGAUGGUGAACGCGACCAUAAUAGUGAAAGAAUCCGCCAUGUCAUGGGACCUUCAGCAGGACUGUGUUGACUGUGUGGCUCAUGCUUUUUACAACCUGCGUAUUCGAGAGCAAAACCAAAUUGCCAAGUUCGUGAAAUGUGAACUUGAUAGUAAAUAUGGAGAAAGUUGGUAUUGCAUUGUAGGCCACUCCUUCGGCGCACUCGUUGGCCAUGAUGGGGAGUACUAUGUAUACUUACAAGUAGAGAAUGUUUAUGUACUUAUUUGGCGUAUGGAUAUGGAGUGUGAAAGUAAACUGGUUCCAUUACGUUUGCAAGCGACACGAAGCGGCGAUGAAAUAAAGGCUCAAGGAUACUAAGAAUUAGCUCAAUGUGAAGGAGAAAAAGAGAGAGAGGAAAAGGGCUAAAUAGGAAAAUUACUCUUGCCCCUCUCGAUUAACCAUAUGGCGUCAGAUUGUGGGAUAGUUCUUUUUCAUACUUCUUCAUCACGUGGGACACCUUGGACGGAUAACUGUUCUUAAGUUGGCUAUCUUUCAUACUGAGAAAUAAGCGCAACGAGUUAUUUCCAUCUUUUUUUCUAAAUUUUCCCUACUUGGCGAUUCUUUAUCUUGAUUUAAAGACUAUAGCCGUGAAAUACCAUUAAAUGGUUUUUCUUAUUAGGAUUGAUAUCUCAUAGAAGAGAGAAGCAGACUCUUAGUGUGAAAAUGAAAGAAAAGUGGAGUGGGUGUAAUUUUUUUCUCAACAACAGACAUUGCAGCCCGAGACAUCCUCAUUAUCCUCUUCCUCCCCCUCCCAAAUACACAAAAGAAAAAAGCAUCUCAAUACAACACCUUGCAUUCUAUUUUCCAGAUUUAGAUGCACUUCGAAUAGUUUAGGCUCCGCUUGUUGAUUGAAGAAAGGGGAAUAUGAUCUGGAGAGGGAGUGUGAAGUAAACCGAAGAUUGCUUUAGGAUUGUAUAUUAACGAUAUGUGUGUUUUGUAUUUAUAUUGAUAAAA